AUGAUUUCGCCACAUAGUCCAAAGUAUACAGUCUUCGCAAAACUAUGGUACUUUCUACAGACAUACAUUCUAACCGUAAACCGGUUCGACCUGUUCUUGCAAGGCUCCUUGUUGGUUAUUGUGCUGUUGGAAACCAAUGCCUAUCUACUGCUGCGCAGAGACGCCAGGACUGGGCGAUUGCCAGCAAUGAUUGAAGAGUGGUUAUUCAUCGGAUGCGGUGUCGCCGAGUUUGUCUUCGGGCCUGGUUUGGGGUGGUUUCAUAAAGGGCGUCGACAAUUUGCGCUCUCAGGGUGGUUAUUGAUCACCUCUGCGGCUGGCCUCUUAGUCCUAGCUUUCCCUUACGCGGAACCCAAUCCUCCCGCUGUGGAAUUAUGUGGCGGAGACCUGAUAACAGCUUACACAGAACCAUUGUCAUCGGAACCGAACGCCAAUGCUCGCAGGGUGAUCCUGAUCAUCACCGCCAUUUUGUGCUCCUUAACCAGGAUCAGCAUAUGGGCGCAUGGUGUCACUUAUUUAGAUGAUCAUGAACCAGCACAUGGCCCGUAUUUUUACGGUAUUCUGAUAACUAUCCGAUUGUCUUUGGGCAUGUCUGGCGAGAACUGGUUGGGCGGGUCAUCAGUAAGCGACGAUUGGUGGAAAGCGCACCUGUCUCUCUGCAUGUUGGUCUUCAUGUUCUCAGUACUUUUUACUUUUUUUAAAACCAAGCUGCCACAGUGGAAGGAGAUUUACGUCACUGAUGAUACUGAGGGUCCGUCGGUAACAUGGGAGAAGAUCGAGAAGCUUCCAGAAGGUGCGGUCAUCGACUACAACUCGCUGCCAACCCCCACCACGGAGAAUGUCCACCACUUCCUGGACAAACUGGUCGUUGUCAAGCUGAACGGAGGUCUCGGUACCUCCAUGGGCUGCAAGGGGCCCAAAUCCGUCAUCCAAGUGCGGAACGACCUUACCUUUUUGGAUCUCACUGUGCAACAAAUUGAG